AUGGCCACCCCGCAUAUGCAUUUUCAUACGCGCCGCCUGCCGCCUGGUCUGACCGAGUUUCUCGGAACGUUUCCGGAAGUACUGGACAGUAAGGGUGCCUAUAAACUACCUGUCCCUCGCCUAACAAUUGUCUCGCGCCACAAGAAAUCCUUCUGCUUCCGCAACAUUGAAGUUUCAAAGAGACCAGGCAAAGUGGAAGAACCUCUGGUUGGGUUGGACAAGCGUCGCGACUUGCUCAUUGUCUUCGCUCAUGCCAGCGAGAUUGAGUUUCGAGGAGAAAUAAUCUACACCAGACUCUUCGAGAUCUCGUUGGCCAUGGGCCGCCAGGCCACGAUGAAAGCUGUCACAACAGCUUCGUUGCUCAUCCUCUGCCCUUCUGUGCUGUAUUCCCUGAUCAAAGGCCUCUAUGGGCAUGUCAUAUCCACCAAGCUGUUCUGGCUCUCCCAGGGCCGGGGGCACCCACCCCCCAACUCGAACUCUGAGUACAUGGCAUCCAUCAAGAAUCCUAUCGUCACAAUCCCUAUCCCAGGCUCGACCCUCGAGUCGUCGGCGACAAUACGCGAUCAAUGGCCACGGGCUUGA